UGUGUAUAUAAUUAUUCUCCACUUUAUUUUUUGUAAAGUCUGCGCACUGCUAAGUGUGAUUUUAAAUAUUGCUGCUGUAACGAAAGAAUCUCCCACUCGGGAUCAAUAAAGUAUUUAUUAUUAUUAUUAUUCUCCAGACCCAUAUCUCUUUCACCAAUAAACUUCACAGCUCUUGAAUUUACUCUCUAUAGCAAUAGAACCAUAAAUAGUUAAAUAGUAAUAUGUAAAUUAUACCAGUAAAUUUUGAAAUAAGUCCAGGACCAGCCUAUUGGCUCAGGGUGUCUGACCCUCCAAGGGAGGAGUUGUAAAGUUUGAUAGCCACAGGCAGGAAUGACUUCCUAUGAUGCUCUGUGUAGCAUCUCGGUGGAAUGAGUAUCUGGCUGAAUGUACUCCUGUCCCCAACCAGGACAUUAUGUAGUGGAUGGGAGACAUUGACCAAGAUGGCAUGCAACUUAGACAGCAUCCUCUUUUCAGACACCACCGUGAGAGAGUCCAGUUCCAUCCCCACAACAUCACUGGCCUUAUGAAUGAGUUUGUUGAUUCUGUUGGUGUCUGCUACCCUCAGCCUGCUGCCCCAGCACACAACAGCAAACAUGAUAGCACUGGCCACCACAGACUCGUCGAACAUCCUCAGCAUGGACCGGCAAAUGUUAAAGGACCGCAGUCUCCUCAGGAAAUAGAGACGGCUCUGACCCUUCUUGUAGACAGCCUCAGUGUUCUUAGACCAGUCCAGAUAUUGUCAAUUCGUAUCCACAGGUAUUUGUAAUCCUCCACCAUGUCCACACUGACCUCCUGGAUGGAAGCAGGGGUCGCCGGUGCCCAGCUCUCCUCAGGUCUACCACCAGCUGCUUGGUCUUUUUCACAUUAAGCUGCAGAUAAUUCUGCUCACACCAUGUGACAAAGUUUCCUGUCCUCCACAUUCUGACUCCCUCCCUUCCUUUCCAGUCCUGAAGAAGGGUCUGUGGUUGAAACGCCGACUGUUCACUCCUCUCUAUAGCUGCUGCCUGCCCCCCCGAGUUCCUCCAGCAUUUUGUGUGCGUUGCUUUGGAUUUCCGCAUCUGCAGAUUUUAGCCUGUUAAACCAAUACGCCUGCGCGGUGGUCGUGCUGAAUCCCGAAUAUCGCGCAUGCGCUGAGAACCCGCGAGCUCACGAAAACGGAUGCAGGUUUGAAAUGGCAGAACACUUGUGCACGGGAAUCUCAGACACAACAACACAUCAGUUUUGCUGACUCUGGAUAUUUAAGGAGUGACCAAAGAUUUUCUUAUGCUACACCAACACAUCUGUUGUCGAUCCUUGGAGAUGAAGAACUAUCACAUCUCCAGCUGGUAAUUUGUAUUCUGUCUCUGAAAUGAUGUUUUCUGUUUUAACUCUCUGAAAUCCACUGGAACAGGGAGCUGAGAACACACCAGCAUUUGUUCACUGAAGAUCAGUUCUUCAACUGCAUUGAUUGUACAAGGGAUUCAAACAUAUGACUUUCUGAAUUGCCAGAGAAUUGAUCGUAGUGAGAUAUCAUUCUCUCAGUGUGGGAAGAGAUUCACUCAGAGGCUACCCGCAGACACGCCAGUGAGUUCACAGUGGGGAGAGGCCAUUCACCCGCUCUGUGUGAGGGAGGAGAGCCACUCAGUCAUCCAGUCUGAAGUCAUCAGCAAGUUCACACCAUAGUGAGAUGCUCCACUAGUUCUGUAAGGGGGAAACCAUUCUGUUAACGAUGGCAAAGGUAUAUCAGAAAAUUCACCAGUGAGGGGACAUUGACCUGCUCGGAUGUUGGAAGGCAUUCACAUACUCAACCACACCACAGUGACACCAGCGAUUUCACACCGGGGAGAUGCCAUUCACCUGCUCAGACUGUGGGAAGGGAUUCACUCAGUCAAAUCACCUGCUACAACAUCAGUUAAUUCACACUGGGGAGAGGCCAUUCACCUGCUCAGACUGUGGGAAGCGAUUCAAUCACUCGUCUAACCUACAGAGACACCAGCGAGUUCACACCAGGGAGAAGCCAUUCACAUGCUCUGAAUGUGGGAAGGGAUUCACCCAUUCAACUCAACUGAAGGAGCAUCAGCGAGUUCACACUCGGGAGAAACCGAUCACUUGCUCUGAAUGUGGGAAGGUAUUUGCUCGGUCAUCUGAACUGAAGUUACAUCAGCGAGUUCACACUGGUGAGAAGCCGUUCACUUGCUCUGAAUGUGGGAAGGUAUUUGCUCGGUCAUCUCAACUGAAGUUACAUCAGCGAGUUCACACUGGUGAGAAGCCGUUCACUUGCUCUGAAUGUGGGAAGGGAUUCGCCCAGUUAUCUGAACUGAAGUUACAUCAGCGAGUUCACACUGGAGAGAUGCUGUUCACUUGCUCUGAAUGUGGGAAGGGAUUCGCUGUGUCAUCUCGACUGAAGUUACAUCAGCGAGUUCACACUGGGAAGAAGCCGUUCACCUGCUCAGACUGUGGGAAGGGAUUCACUCAGUUGUACAACCUACAGAGUCACCAGCGAGUUCACACUGGGGAGAAGCCAUUCACAUGCUCUGAAUGUGGGAAGGGUUUCACCCAGUUGUCCAACCUACAGAGUCACCAGCGAGUUCACACUGGGGAGAAGCCAUUCACCUGCUCAGACUGUGGGAAGGGAUUCACUCAGUUGUACAACCUACAGAGUCACCAGCGAGUUCACACUGGGGAGAAGCCAUUCACAUGCUCUGAAUGUGGGAAGGGUUUCACCCAGUUGUCCAACCUACAGAGUCACCAGCGAGUUCACACUGGGGAGAAGCCAUUCACUUGUUCUGAAUGUGGGAAAGGAUUCACCCAGUCAGCUAAACUGAAGGAGCAUCAGCGAGUCCACACUGGGGAGAAGCCGUUCACUUGCUCUGAAUGUGGGAAGGUAUUUGCUCGGUCAUCUGACCUGAAAUCACAUCAGCGAGUCCACACUGGAGAGAAGCCGUUCACCUGCUCUGAAUGUGGGAAGGUAUUUGCUCGGACAUCUGACCUGAAGUUACAUCAUCAAGUCCACACUGGGGAGAAGCCGUUCACUUGCUCUGAAUGUGGGAAGUUAUUUGCUCGGUCAUCUGACCUGAAGUUACAUCAGCGAGUUCACACUGGGGAGAGGCCAUUCACCUGCUCUGAAUGUGGGAAGGGAUUCAUUAAGUCCUCCAGCCUACAGAGACACCAGGGAGUUCACUCUGUGGAGAAGCCAUUCACAUGCUCUGAAUGUGGGAAAGGAUUCAUCCAGUCAUCUGAACUGAAGUUACAUCAGCGAGUCCACACUGGGGAGAAGCCGUUCACCUGCUCUGAAUGUGGGAAGCGAUUCACCAAGUCAGCUAAACUGAAGGAGCAUCAGCGAGUUCACACUGGGGAGAAGCCGUUCACCUGCUCUGAAUGUGGGAAGGUAUUUGCUCGGACAUCUGACCUGAAGUCACAUCAGCGAGUUCACACUGGGCAGAAGCCGUUCACUUGCUCAAACUGUGGAAAGAGAUUCACUCACUCAUCCAACCUACAGAGACACCAGCGAGUUCACACUGGGGAGAAGCCGUUCACAUGCUCUGAAUGUGAGAAAGGAUUUACGGAUUCAUCUCAUCUGAAGUUACAUCGGAGAGUUCACACUGGGGAGAAGCCGUUCACUUGCUCUGAAUGUGGGAAGGAAUUUGCUUGGUCAGCUGAACUGAAGUUACAUCAGCGAGUCCACACUGGGGAGAAGCCGUUCAGUUGCUCUGAAUGUGGGAAAGGAUUUAUUCGUUCAUCUCAGCUCUUGAGACACCAGCAAAUUCACACUGGGUAGAAACCAUUCAUCUGCUCAGAAUGUGGGAAGGGAUUCACCUAUUCAUCUCAACUGAAGUUACAUCAGCGAGUCCACACUGGGGAGAAGCCGUUCAGUUGCUCUGAAUGUGGGAAAGGAUUCAUUCGUUCAUCUCAGCUCUUGAGACACCAGCAAGUUCACACUGGGGAGAAACCAUUCAGCUACUCAGAACGUGGGAAAGGGUUCAGCUAUUCGAUUCAUCUGAAAGAACAUCAGUUUGUGCACAUUGCGGAGAGGACAUUUACCUGCUCAGUCUGUGGGAAAGGAUUCAUUCGGCGUUUUGCACUGCUGACACACCAGUUGGUUCACACUGGGGAGAAGCUGUUCACUUGCUCUGAAUGUAGGAAAUGAUUCAUUAGUUUAUCUCAGCUCUUGAGACACUAGCAAAUUCACACUGGGGAGAAACCAUUCAGCUGCUCUGAAUGUGGGAAGGGAUUCACCCAUUCAGCUCAACUGAAGGAACAUCAGUGAGUUCACACUGGGGAAUGGCCAUUCACAUGCUCUGAAUGUGGGAAGGGAUUCACCCAUUCAGCUUAACUGAAGGUGCAUCAGUAAGUUCACACUGGGGAGAGGCCAUUCACUGCUCUGAAUGUGGGAAGGGAUUCGCUCAGUCAUCCAAACUUGUGAGGCACUACCAAAUUCAUACCAGGGAGAAACCGUUCACCUGCUGAGAUUGUAGGAAGGAAUUCACUUGGUCAUCUGACUAUAAAAACAUCAGCGAAUUCACAAUGGGGGAUGCCACUCACCUGUUCUCAAUGUGGAAAGGAUUCACUCAGACAUCUCAGUUAAGACUAUAAGAGAGAAGGGGAGGAGAAGAUGGCGGCACGAUGCAGCGCGCGCGGCCGGUCCAAAAUGAUAAUCGGUAUUUGUUAAGUAUGUACCGUGCACAAUCCUGAUUUGAUGGAGACAGACGUGAGAAGCAUGGAGGAACAUCUAGAGAAACUUCUUAAAUGCCUGCUUUGCUGCCGUUGCUACUGUGCGAUCGAGAAUCUCCAGAGGGGAAGGCCCCAAAUCUUCGGCUUUGCCCAUUGCCUGUUGCCGGGGCCAGGAUCGAAGCGCUCGGCAGAGAUGGUGCUCAGUGCUCGGUGUCGGAGGGCUGGUCGGAGGCUCGAAAUUUUCUGACUGACUCGAGUCGGCUGUGGUCGGGUGCUUCCAGGGUGCUGCAUCGGCAAGUUUGCGGCGCUGGAGGUUCACUACAGGGAGAGUUGUUUUUCCUUCUGCCGUCUGCGUGAGACGAUGGGACAUUCGAGAGACUCUGAGACUUUUUUUUUACCGUGCCCAUGCUCUGUUCUUUAUCAAAUUACGGUAUUGCUUUGCACUGUUGUAACUAUAUGUUAUAAUUAUGUGGUUUUUGUCAGUUUUUCAGUCUUGGUUUGUCUUUUGUUUCUGUGAUACCAUUCUUAAUGCAUGCAUUACUAAAUGACAAUAAAAGAGGACUGCAUGUCCUCAUAAUCUAAUAAUCUAAUCUAAUCUAAAACAUAUAGGAGCAGGAGUAGCAUUCGGCUUUUCGAGUCUGCUCCGCCAUUCAGUCAUGUGCUGAUCCGAUUCUUCCAGUCAUCUCCAAUCCCCUGCCUUCUCCCCAUACCCUUUGAUGCCCUGGCUAAUCAAGAACCUAUCUCUCUCUGCCUGAAACACACCGAAUGACUUGGCCUCCACAGUUGCUUGUGGCAACAAAUUCCGCAGAUUUACCACCCACUGACAAAAGUAAUUUCUUAUCUCUGUUCUAAAUGGAUUUCCUUCAAUCCAAGUCGUGACCUCUUAUCGUAGACUGCCCUACCAUGGGAAAUAACUCCCAUAUCUAAUCUGUUCAGAGCUUUUAACAUUCGGAAUGUUUCAAAGAGAUCACCAUCACCAUCUCCUCCAACCCCCCCGCCCCUGUUCUGAAUUCCAGUGAAUAUAGCCCAAGAGCUGCCAGACGCUUCUCGUACGGUAACCCUUUCCUGGAAUCCUGGAAUAAUUCUUGUGAAUCUUCUGUAAACCCUCUCCAAUGUCAGUAUAUCUUUUCUAAAAUAAGGAGCCCAGAACUGCACACAAUAUUCCAAGGGUUGUCUCAUGAGUGCCUUAUAGAGCCUCAACAUCACAUCCCUGCUGUUAUAUUCUGUACUUCUAGAAAUGAAUGCCACCAUUGCAUUCGCCUUCUUCACCACUGACUCAAGCGGGAGGUUAGCCUUUAGGGUAUCCUGCACAAGGACUCCCAAGUUCCUUUGCAUCUCUGCAUUUUGAAUUCUCUUUCAAUAUAAAUAAUCAUCUGUCUGUUUAUUUCUUCCACCAAAGUGCAUGACCAUACACUUUCCAACAUAGUAUUUCAUUGGCUAGUUAUUUAUCCAUUCCCCUAAACUAUCUAAAUUUCUCUGCAGGCUCUCUGAUUCCUUAGCACUACUGGCCCCUCCACCUAUCUUCGUAACAUCAGCAAACUUAGCCACAAAGCCAUCUAUUCCAUAAUC